AUGAACAUCGGUGACUCGGGCAACAUCUUUGUGGAGAAGGCGCACCCCGCUUAUGCCCACGUGAUUGACUUCCUCAUUUCCUGCUGCGAGCCAGUCAGCAGAACCCAGCACAUGGAGCAAUACCGCAUGGACAGCUCCUCCUUGUCCGCAGCCACUGCCGAGGGCACGUACUCGCUCGCUAUGAUUGAGGUUAUUCUCCGACACUUCCGACUGAACACGGCCCAGGAGCUGCCCGUUGACCUUGAGCGAUGCGCAGCACUGGAGAGGCUGGCGUCCGAGCUGGACGAGUCGAAUGAGAGCGCUGAGGUAGAUGGCUUGUGGGCUUCUCAGGCCGCGGUGGCGACUAAGGCUGCGUCUUCGUUGUUUGCUGUUCACACACCACUGCCGCGCUGCCUCUACGACGUUGACCUGACAGGCACCCUUCUGGCCUCGCUGAAUCGCCCAAGCGCCGAUGACGCUGCAUCUUCUACUCUCUUCUCCCCCCACAUGCGGAACGACACCUUAAAGACGCGUAUCAAGUCGGAAAAGGUGGAAGAGGAGGAGGGCGAGCUUUUGUCCGCAGGUGGUGAGGGCGCCUCCGCGUUGGAACCGGUCUUGCCUCGCACCGCGGCGCCUUUCCCCAGGCCCAGGAGCCCGGCUACCCGCGUCUUGCAGCUUUUCCGUCCCUCAUCACCAGCACCGGCAUCUACUGCCGUUAUGCUGCGCUCGCCUACCGCUGACUCUCAGCUUAAACAAGCGGCGCCAAGCGCAGCACGGCCGCUCAUCUCCCUUGCUGUUGUGCGGCCUGCUGACGUCCAGCGGCCGCUUCCAGAGUUGCUGGCGCAGAUGCUGAAGGAGGAGGAGAAGGCUUCUCGCGUGCAGAUCGUUCUGCAGCCGGGCCUGCGGCGCUUUCAUCAGUUUGAGGCGAGUCGCGGUGCCUUCUUUGCCUCGACCUCCGCCACGUGCAGGGCUGCCGCACCCAAGGGCCGAAACGGUGCUGCCACCGGUACUCCUGCCGAUCGAGACGAUCAGCAGCUCUUCUACUUUGUUCAGUCGCGUCAGCGGGUGCACUUGGAGCUCGUACUACCGGCCCUGAAGGAGUUCCUGAAACCGGUUGUCAUCUGCGGCGUUGAGCGCUGGAUCUUAUCCGACGUCGAUCGGAGCCCGCUGAUGAACACAAGCGACAUCAAGGACGCUGAGCGACUGACGCGAGACGCCGGACGACCUGCCGUGCUGCGCUUGCUGUAUGAGUUUCCGCAUGUCGGCACCGUAUCUGAGAGGACGACAACGGCGUCAACUGCCAGCCGCUUUGUGUAUAAGUGUCAGGUGCGUGACGGAAAGCUACGGGAGGUGAAGGAGCGCCUCUUUUCAAAGUUUGGCAUCCGCGCUGACUGCUACUACGACUACGUGCAAGACCGCACCCUGUAUGUGCCGAACCUGACCCUCGCACGCCAUGUUCGUCUGCGACCCUACCAGGUGGCGUCCCUCGAGAGGUUCCGUCGAGGGCAGAGGGCGCACCAAGGUGUCAUCGUCCUUCCAUGUGGGGCUGGCAAGACGCUCACUGGCAUUGGCGCCGCCGCCACCAUGCAAACCACCACGAUUGUGAUGUGCAUCAACAACAUGUCUGUCUUCCAGUGGAAGCGCGAGUUUCUGCGCUGGACGGACCUGACCGAGGACGAGGUGACGGUGUGCACCGCGAAGGUGAAGCAGCGACCAGGCAAGGUCUUCAUCACCACCUACAGCAUGGUGAUUGCAAAGCGAGGCAACGCCGACGGGGCUGCUGCGGAGGAGUCGCGAGCGAUCCUGCAGGCCAUGGCUGCGCAGCCGUGGGGUCUGCUGCUGCUGGACGAGGUGCACACCGCUCUUGCACACCACUUCCAGGAUGUGCUGAACACCAUCAAGUACAAGUGCGUGCUGGGGCUCAGCGCGACACUGCUGCGCGAGGACGACAAAAUCGGCGACCUACGUCACCUUGUGGGGCCGAAGCUGUAUGAGGCUAACUGGCUCGACCUGACUCGCGCCGGCUUCCUGGCGAACGUCGAGUGCGCCGAAGUGCAGUGUCCGAUGCCGCCCCUAUUCCUGCAAGAGUACCGCGAUAUCCAGCGCACUCGUACCCUUCUGGGCACACAUGCACACCGUAGCCACAGCGGCAGCCGCGCCGGGAAUGGAAAGCGUCGCCGUGAGAGUGUCUUUCAGGACGACGAGGAUGCUAGGGAGGACGAGGACCACGAUGAAGAGAAUGGCGGUGCCUACAGAGGGAGGGGCAGAGGACAUGACCUCUGUGGUUAUCUCCCCUCGCGCUCUCUGCGCCUCGCCUCCUGCAACCCGUACAAACUGUGGUGCACGCAAGCGCUUCUCGCCUUUCAUCAGCAGCGCUCUCCGCCAGACAAGGCGAUCAUCUUUUGCGACUACCUCGCCGACGUGCGCUUCUUCGCGCAUCACCUCCACCUGCCUUUCAUGGAUCAGCGGACGAGCGAGGCGGAGCGGGCAAAUCUGCUACAAUACUUUCAGCACUCGAACGACGUGAAUGCCAUCAUCUUGACGCGUGUCGGUGAUGUCGCGCUGGACCUGCCCUGUGCCUCUGUCGUGAUUCAGGUCUCUGGCCUCGGGGCGUCGCGCCGACAGGAGGCGCAACGCCUUGGCCGCAUUCUGCGUCCCAAGCCGCCGUCUCUCGACAACACGUGCGCCUACUUCUACACCCUCGUCUCGCAGGAUACGGCGGACGUCAGCACAAGCUACAAGCGACAGAGCUGGCUGCGCGAUCAGGGUUUUGCCUACCGCAUCUUGCACUGCGACCGCGUUCUACACGAGUUUGUGCGCGUGGGAGGGAGGCUGUGCUGUGUCGGGCCACCUCAGUGGUGGUAUCAGACGCACCUCACCGUCUCCGCUGCAGCGUCCUCGGAAAUGGAAGUGGGGGCGGGUGUUGGGGUGGCGCACCACGACGGGCUCUAUUGGGCCCGGUUUUCGGCCGAAGCCUCGGCCCUCGUCGAGGCGGCGUUUCAGCACGGACGAGCAACUUGCACCCUGCGCGGCAGCGACUUGGGCAGAGACACCCCCCGGCCCUCCUCUGAGGAGCUUGGGCGGUACCCUCUGCUCAGCACUGAGUCAUGGAAGGUCACCUUCAGCAGCGCCGAUGCGCCGCAGACCUUCGGCACUGUGCUCAUUGGCGAAGGUGCGCCGUCCUCUCCACUGCGUGAGCGCCGUGUGCGUCGUGGCUGCCUGGACCGCAGCCAUCAGUGCAUCUCUGCGGCGGCCGAUCACGAAAGUCGCUGCAUUAGUUUUGCCCGAGGCGCUGUGUUGCGUGGACGAAAUACGCGAGACAGCGACUCUGUGAUCGUGGCUGAGUAG